ACCAUCAUGCUUUUUUCCUCUUGUUUCUUCUCUUGCAGGUUUCACAUGGGGAACCUUCUAAAAGUGUUGACUUAUAACGAACUUGACCAAGGCCCUAAUUUUUUCCUUGACUUUGAAAAUGCGCAGCCCACGGAGGCCGAGACGGCGGUGUGGAACCAGGUGAACGCCGUGCUGGAGGAGGCGCAGAGCGUCCUGGCCGAGCUGCAGUCCUACACGGGAGCCGGGCAGGAGAUCCGAGAGGCCAUCCAAAACCCCGGGGACCUGCGGCUGCAGGAGCGCGCCUGGAGCGCCGUGUGCCCCCUGGUCGCCAAGCUGAAACGCUUCUACGAGUUCUCCCUGCGGCUGGAGAACGCCCUGCGGAGCCUGCUGGAGGCCCUCACCAGCCCCCCCUACGCCCCGACCCAGCACCUGGAGCGGGAGCAAGCCCUGGCCAAGCAGUUCGCCGAGAUCCUGCACUUCACCCUCAGCUUCGACGAGCUCAAGAUGACCAACCCUGCCAUCCAGAACGACUUCAGCUACUACAGACGGACCAUCAGCCGGAAUCGCAUCAACAACCUGCAGCUGGAUGCAGAGAGCGAGGUGAACAACGAGAUGGCCAACAGGAUGUCCCUGUUCUACGCCGAGGCCACCCCCAUGCUGAAAACCCUCAGCAAUGCCACCACCAAGUUCGUGUCAGAGAACAAGACCCUCCCGAUCGAGGACACCACCGACUGCCUGAGCACCAUGGCCUGCGUGUGCAGGGUGAUGCUGGAGACCCCGGAGUACCGGAGCCGCUUCACCAACACCGAGACCCUGCUCUUCUGCAUGAGGGUGAUGGUGGGCGUCAUCAUCCUCUACGACCACGUCCACCCCGUGGGGGCUUUCGCCAAGACCUCCAAGAUCGACAUGAAAGGCUGCAUUAAAGUGUUGAAAGACCAACCCUCCACCAGCACCGAGGGGCUCCUGAAUGCUCUGAGGUACACCACUCGGCACCUGAACGACGACACCACGUCCAAACAGAUCCGGGCCCUGCUGCAGUGAGCGCGGGGCGGCCGCAGCCACCGUGUCACCAUGACCAUACAGCUCAUCUUGUACAGAGGGAAAAGGGACGGCGAGGAAUACGCAGAAAUACUGAGAACAAAUCGAAACGGGCCCGG